AUGAACGGAGCUAAAGAUAAUUUUGUUCCCAUAAUAAAAGUGCCAACAGAUGAAAGAAAGCUAAAUUUAUGUAAGCAUUUUUAUAAUGAAUUUGGUUGUCAACCUGAAUUUAUCGUCCGAGUUCCAGGGCGAGUUAAUUUAAUUGGUGAACAUAUUGAUUACUGUGGCUAUCCGGUGCUGCCGAUGGCAUUGGAACAAGAUAUUCUCCUGGCUGGCAGUUUGAUUAAAGAACAUAAACUGUUCAUGCGUAAUACUAAUUCAAAAUAUGAGAAUUUCGAGACGGAAUUAAAAUCGUUCAAUGAAAUCGUCAUAUCACCGGAUGCUAACGGCAAACCGUAUUGGUAUAAUUACAUGCUUUGUGGUAUCAAAGGGGCUUUAGAACAUUUAAAUAAUGAUGUAUUGUAUGGCUUAAAUAUGUACGUAGACGGUAACAUUCCUCCCGCGUCAGGAUUAUCGAGUUCCUCGGCUUUAGUCAGCUCUGCAUGUCUUGCGUUCCUUUACGCCCAGAAAUCGAUUUUGAAUAAAAUUGACAUAGCUGGUUUGUGCGCACGAUGCGAAAGAUACAUAGGAACGCAAGGCGGUGGAAUGGAUCAAGCAAUAGCUUUUCUUGCAGAAAAAUACUGUGCCCAAUAUAUAACUUGGAAUCCUACGAAAGCGACAAAAGUUGUUUUGCCGGAAGGUGCCUCGUUUGUUGUGGCUCAUAGUUUAGCUGAGGUGAACAAAGCUGCUACCAACGAUUACAAUAGACGAGUAGCGGAAUGCAGAUUAGCUGCAAAGCUUUUAACUUUGUCCUUACAAACAACGAGUCACACUAUCAUCACUUUGGGACAAGUACAAAAACUACUAAAUAAAACAUUAGAAGAAAUGAUUGUUCUUGUGAAAGAAACACUGCCUAAAGAUAUUUACACAAAGGAAGAAAUUUGUGCUAUAUUGAACGUCAGCGCGGAUGAACUAGACAAUUUUUAUCUAACACCAAAUACAAGGAAACUAUCGGAAUUUAAACUCAAACAGAGAGCUCUCCAUGUUUAUGAAGAAGCAAGGAGAGUAGAAGAAUUUAAAAAAAUUUGUGAAAAUACAAACAAAUGUGUGAACGGAACAAAUGGGACAGGUUCAGUUAAGGAAGACAUGAAUACAUUGGAACGCCUCGGAAAGCUUAUGUCAGAAAGUCACGAAAGCUUGAAAAAUCUUUACGAAUGUUCCCAUGAGAAUCUAGAUCGUCUGGUAGAUAUUUCAUCUCAGAAAAAUAUCCAUUCGCGUCUUACCGGAGCGGGCUGGGGUGGAUGUAUAGUAGCUUUGUGUCCCAGAGAAAAAGUCAAAGAAUAUAUUGAGACUUUGGAAGACGAAUUUUACGUAAACCAUUGCAAUAUUGAUAAAAGCAAGGCCAAAUCUUAUGUUUUUGCAACACCUCCAAAUUUUGGUGCCGUUAUUUAUAUUACAAAUUAA